UUCGCUGGGCAACUUCCACUAGAAUGUAAUUUGCAUCAGGAUGAUAUAAACGCAGUUCAUUUCCAGACGUAUCAGCAUUUAGAACUGACAGCGUGGCCCGUUUGGAUUAACAUAUACAAUUCAAAUAAACCCUGAGAAAACACACAAGAAUGACUCUUCCUCAUCUGAUACAGGACACCCCACUAAAGGCUGUCGAACUUUGUGCCUUGUGCAAGCAGCCCUCAAAGCAUCGUUGCGGAGGUUGUGAAACAGUUACCUACUGUUCAGGGGAACACCAGAAGGAGCACUGGAUUCAACAUCGGGACACAUGCAAGGCAUACAAAAUUCUUACGAACGAUAAAAUUGGAAGAUACGGUGUGGCUAUGCGAACUCUGGAACCAGGGGAGUGUAUUUUGACGGAGUUUCCUGUGGUCAUCGGCCCAAAACCUCACACCUAUGUAAUGUGCCUUGGGUGUUACGCCUCUAUUGACGGCUCGACAUUGUGCUCAAGUUGUGGAUGGCCAGUUUGUGGACCGGGGUGCGAGGCAGCGCCGUGUCAUGCAAACGCGGAGUGCCCAGUGUUCAAAAAUGCAAGAGUUCGUUUCCAGUCGGUAGAAAACUGCAUGGAUGCAUGCCCACAACUGAACUGCGUCACUCCUCUCAGACUGCUUCUCGCCAAGGAAUCGAACCCGGAACGCUGGGAAUCGGAAGUCAGAAUUAUGCAGAAUCAUAAUGAGGAAAGACGAAAGACGCCUCUCUGGGAAAAUAACCAGAUCAACAUCGUGGAAUACCUGAGAGGUGCCUGCAAGCUGGCUGACAGGUUUGACGAAGAGCUUAUCCAUACGGCUUGUGGCAUUCUGGAAAUAAACUGUUUUGAAGUUCAUUGUUCAAAUGGGUCCACGGUCCAGGGUUUAUACCCUCAAACUGCCAUCAUGUCACAUAGUUGUGUGCCCAACACCAGCCAUUGUAUCGUAACUUCAGAGGAGAACAGGCUAUUCCUCCGGACGACCGUCAAGAUUGAGAAGGGCUCUGAGAUUUACACCACGUACACUCACACCCUGAGUCCGACCUUCUUGAGAAGAAGCUUCCUCAAAAAAUACAAGUUCUUUGACUGCAGCUGCCCUAGGUGUUCAGACCCCACGGAACUUGGCACUCACAUGAGUACAAUGAAGUGUCACAAAUGCGAUCUCGGUCUCAUCUUGUCGUCAGACCCUCUGGACCCUCUGGCCCAGUGGAAGUGCACUCACUGCGAAUUCUCCACGCCAGGCAGUGCGAUAGAGAGGGUGUUCUCCGUGAUCCAGGAUGAACUGGACCAGCUGGAAUGCGUGCUGUUGGGUGAAGAGGCGGUGGAGAAACGCGAAGCUCUGUGGCGAAAGUACAGAUCUGUUCUGCACCCUAAGCAUGCCUUCUUGAUGACCUUGCGGUUCUCGUUGUCCCAACUGUACGGCCACGCAGAGGGCUACCUUUUAGACGACCUGCCGGAUAUUCUGUUGGAACGGAAGAUCGAAAUCUGCAAAGACAUCCUGUCAGUUGCAGACGUAAUAGAACCUGGACUGUCAAGACUUAGAGGCAUGACUCUGUACGAACUUCACGCGCCACUGUUGCUGUUCGCCCGUAGCCAAUGGCGCUACAAGGAGAUUGACGACAGACAGCUGAGAGUGAGACUAGAAGAAGCAGAAAAGUAUCUCAAAGAGGCAGUGGAUAUUCUUAAAUUUGAACAUUCAUCCUCACCAGAAGGAAAGAUCGCGGUGGCCAGCGAGGAAUCUCUGCAACAGCUCCGUGAAUCCAUUGCAUCUCUUCCCAUGACAUAACAUGUUUAUCGAGUGUAAAGCAAUAUCUCUCAGUAAAUUCCAUUGGUUAGA